AUGAAAGUUCUUGUGCUGGGUGCCUCAGGAUUCAUCGGAAGUGCAGUAACCCAAGCUUUUGCUCGCAGUGGUCACAUCACUUAUGGAUUGAUUCGUAGGCCUGAGCUUGAGUCACAGCUGGUUAAGGAUGAAAUAUUCCCAAUCCUUGGUGACGUACGUCAUCCUCAAACUUGGCUUCCAACGGCUAGAUCCGUUGACCUUGUAGUCGAUUGUACAUCGGAGUAUACUGAGCCCACUAAAUUGUUCGACACUAUAUACGAAAACGUUGUUGAGAUUUCGAAAGCAAGAAUGGAACAAGGUGGAGGAAAGCUGGGAUUUAUUUUUACUUCGGGACUCUGGAUCUAUUCUUCAAUUGACCGAUACUCCAUAAAAUCAGAAUCCACCUUGCUCAACACUGAUUUUGAAUUGGAUAUGUGGCGUCCGCCAUGCGAGCAACGCAUUAUAAAUUCUCAUUAUUUAGACGGCAUCGUAAUUCGCCCUGGUGCUGCUUACGGUAAAGGUGGAUCCCUUACGGCAGCUUGGUUUGGAGAUUCAAUGAACGCGGAUGGUAAUGAUCGAAAGUUGGAAGGGAUUGGGAGUGAGGAAGUUAGGUGGUCGUUCGUUCAUGUAGAUGAUUUAGCCGACGCAUAUGUGAGAGCAGCAGAACGCGUAGAUAUAGUGAAGGGGCAAAUUUUUAUUGUUGUCAAUAAUUGUUCAGAAUCGAUAGGUGAUGCAUUGAAAGCUGUUGCAAGAGUUACUGGAUAUAAGGGUGUGAUUAACUUCCGUGCCCCCGAAAACGAAUUCGAAAAAGCGAUGACACUCACGGGAAUAUUUACGAACCGAAAAGCUCAAACAUUACUCGGUUGGCAACAGAAACACGUGGGAUUUGUGGAUGGGAUUGAAACCGGGCUUGACGACAGUUGGUUAGAGAAAGAACCAAAUACGAGAACAGAGGAUGAAAUAGAUUCUCCAGAGGGAGAUCGAAUCCCAUUAUUAACGAUGGGAACAACAUGGAGAGAUGUUCAUGUCUCCAUCGAGUCUAUUUAUCGUAUUGAUCGAUCCAUCCUUUUUUCAAGCAAAUUAGAGAUGGAACGACAUAUCUUAGAAUCAAAGGAUUGUAAUCUUGACGAAGUCACCCAAAUGAUCUUGGAAAAGAAGAGUUUUCCAGAUCAAGGUUCCCGAAGAACUGCUGCCGCCUCCGUUUUGCACCAAUGUCUGACAAAAAUCCGGGAUUCAUAUAACCUCGUAAAUGAAAUUAGUGCUAUAGCGCAAACAAAGUUUGAUUCAAGCAAAAAGACUCACGAGAAGAAGUUACUGGAGCUAUGGGAUUUGUUAAUGCCUGAUGAAACCCUCGAAAAUCGUUAUAGCGAACAAUGGGUCAAAAUUGGCUUUCAAGGAAAAGAUCCUUCAACUGAUUUUCGUGGAAUGGGAAUUUUAGGUCUGGACGAUUUGAUUUACUAUGCCAAACAUUAUCCAGAGUCAUCCCGCAAUGCGUUGAACUGUUCCCGUCGCGCUGAUCUAUGGUAUCCAUUUGCUACUGUAGGAAUAAAUAUUACAUCCUUUGCAAUCCAGACUCUUAGAACGAGGCAAAUGCAAUACUUUUUAUUCAUGUACGGCACUACAAAGGAGGUCUAUCAUGAAUUUUUCUGCUACCUAUUCCAUUCUUUUAAUUUAUAUUGGAUUUCGCAAGAAGUUCCAACAAAUGCAAUGGAAUUUCAAGGAAUUUUCGAAAAAUUCGGGAAGAUGAUCAUCAAGGAUUUAUUGGAAAGAAAGCCAAUGGUGUUGAAUGAAUCGAAAGAGAUUUUCCUUCAAUCAAAAAAAGAGAUCUGA